GCCGCUCGGUACGCUACGCCUUAUCAGGAAAACAAGGAGCGCUCACAUGGCUGCAUUCCCCACGAGGGGUCAUGAGCAGGAAAACGAGAUUCCUUUUCGGUAAACAUUUUUAAACGAGCAUCACACAGUCCCUUGAAGGCAUUCUGGAUGUGAACGCGGGCCAGUGAAGCACGGCCUCUUUGUAGCUUAGCCGCUGCAGCGUCUCAAUAGCCUCCAUUGACACUUCGGGGCGGAUUGGCUCUUUGCUGGAUUUCCAUCGCUGCUGCUGAGAGGAGCUGACGCAGCCGAAACGCCUCACGCCUGCGUAAAGAGGAAGAUGUCUCGCAGCACAGGUCGGAGAUCCUUGCGUCCUGGAUCAGUCAUGUGUUCAGCGGACUCCAGCACCCAGUUCGGCCUGCCCCAAGCACGGAGACGCUCGCCAGAGGAAAGGGAAACACCACUUCCUGAAACCCUGGACACCCAGGACACCAUGAAGCAGUUUCUCUCAGACCGGAUCCUGAAAGCAGCCAGGUCUGUGUAUAGCACCUUGAUUGGGCGAAACCCAGGUCUGAUUAGGGACCGGAAACACCAUCUCAAAACCUACAGGCAGUGCUCUACAGGAAAAGAGCUCGUUGAUUGGCUGAUGACGCUGAAUGACAGUUUGCAGUCCCGGAGCCAGGCGGUGGGCAUGUGGCAGGUGCUGGUGGACGAGGGGAUACUUGUUCACGUGAAACAAGAGCUGAACUUCCAGGACAGGGACACCCAGUUCUACCGCUUCCUGGAGGCGGAGUUUAGUCUCAACCAUACAACCAAUGAGAAGGACUUGGAGGAGGAGCUUCAGGAAGGCCUGUCCUUCUUGGUCCAGAUGGGUCCCGAUGCACUGCUGACAAUGAUCCUGCGCAAAUGCCCAAGCCAGAGGACUGCAGAGGAUCUGGAAGUGAUUUACGAGGAGCUGCUUCACAUCAAGGCUGUGGCUCACCUGUCCAGCUUUGUGCGUAAGGAGCUGGCUGCGGUUCUGGUGUUCGAGUCCCACGCCAAGGCAGGAACAGUCUUGUUCAGCCAGGGAGACAAAGGGACGUCCUGGUACAUCAUCUGGAAGGGCUCUGUGAACGUUAUAACACAUGGGAAAGGUCUGGUGACGACGCUGCACGAGGGAGAUGAUUUUGGCCAGCUGGCACUUGUUAACGACGCGCCACGCGCUGCCACCAUCAUACUGCGAGAGGACAAUUGCCACUUCCUGCGCGUGGACAAACAGGACUUCAUACGCAUCCUCAAGGAUGUGGAGGCCAACACGGUGCGCCUGGAGGAGCAUGGGAAAUCUGUGCUGGUGUUGGAGAAGAGUUCCGGAAGCGACUCAGCCAAUCAGGGAGCAUCAGGCAACAGCAACAAGUACACUGUGAUGUCAGGGACACCAGAGAAGAUUCUGGAACACCUGCUUGAGAACGUGAGGCUUGACACCAACAGCAACGACCCCAUAGAUCCCUGCGUGACCGACUUCCUCCUGACCCACAGCGUCUUCAUGCCGUCCAGCACGCUGUGCCCGGCCCUGCUGCACCACUACCAUGCUGAGCCUUCUGAAGGCUCAGAGUUGGAGAAGGCGGCCUACUCCCUCAACAAGAAGCAGAAGAUCAUCCGGUUGGUGGGUCAGUGGGUGCUCCUAUACGGCCUGCUCCUGAAGGAUGAUCCCCCUGCCUGGGAAUUUCUAGAGAACCUGAGGGGGGAGGUGCUGGGUGACUCCCGCCUCUCCAGCAUGCUGAGAGAGCAGCUAAGGGACAGGAGGAGAGCAAGAGUGCUUGAAAAUGGACACCAGACACUGUCGAAGUUUCAGCUUAACCAACAGUUGGACUGGUUUUCCAAUCAAGAGGAGCCAGCGGGGAAAUGCCAGCCAAUCAGGGCACAGGACAAAGUCUUGUACGAGAUCUAUCGUCCCAACCACAGCUUUGUCAACCUCAUGCUCCCAGUCAACACCUCUGUACAGGACCUGAUGUCCUGCUUAGUGGACCCGGGAGGAGACCAUGUCCUGGUCAAAAUGAACUCCUCAGGAGACAGGGUUCAGCUGAAGCUGGAUGCCAUGGCUGUGUACACAUCACUGGGACUCAAUGAGAAGCUCUUCCUGUGCACUGCCAGUCAAGUGGAAGAGCUGACACCCUUGCAGGAGCAGCAGGGCCCAGAUCAGGGCAGCAUUCACACUUUGGAACAGAUGAGCUCCAAAGACAUCGCCAGUCAGCUCACCGACUACGACUGGGAGCUGUUCGGAGCCAUGCACGAGGUAGAGCUGGUGUACUACAUAUUCGGCCGGCACAAGUUCCCGGGCACCACCACGGCCAACCUGGAGCGCUUUGUGCGCCGCUUUAAUGCCGUGCAGUACUGGGUGGUCACCGAGCUGUGCCUCUGCAACGACCUGAUGAAGCGUGCCGCGCUGCUCAAGAAAUUCAUCAAGAUCGCCGUCUUCCUCAAAGAGCAGCGGAACCUCAACUCCUUCUUCGCGGUCAUGUUCGGGCUGGGCAACAGCGCGGUGCAGAGGCUCUCCAAGACCUGGGAGAGAGUGCCAAGCAAGACGAAGAGGGUUUACUGCUCGUUUGAAAGAUUAAUGGACCCCUCCCGUAAUCACAGGGCGUACAGACUCGCCGUGGCCAAGCUCAGCCCUCCGUACAUCCCCUUCAUGCCCCUGCUGCUGAAAGACAUGACUUUCAUCCACGAGGGAAACAAGAACUACGUGGAAAGCCUGGUCAAUUUUGAGAAAAUGCGCAUGAUCGCCAAAACCGUGAAGAUGGUGAGAGAGUGCCGGAGCCAGCCUUAUGUACCGUCGUCUCCACAAAAAGGCCUGGCGGACCGCAUGUUUCUUGAACCGCCCUCUGUGAGAAUCUCCACCUACUCAGAGCAGUCCCUCUCUCUGCGGAGCCCCACCAUCGUCCGCCAGUACAUCCAGAACCUCAAUGUGAUCGACAACCAACGGAAACUGACACAGCUCUCCAGGUCACUGGAGCGCUAAUCAUGACCACAAGCUUGAUAUAUAUGUGUGGCCACUAUAUUAGGUAAACCUGCUCAGCAAUGCUAAUAGCCUGCUCCACCAUACAAGCGAAUCAUGUAGCUGCAAUAUACAAAGCAGACAUGGUGAGGAGGUUCAGUUGUUCAACCAGACACUAGAAUGGGUGAUCUAAGCCUGAUCAAAGCAACUUUGACCACGGUAUGAUUGAUGGAGCAAGACGUGGUGAUUCCAACAUCUCACACACAGCUGCCCUCCUGGGAUUUUCACACACUGCAGCCUCUAGAGUUGACAGAGUGGUGUGACAAACAAAAAACAUCCAGUGAGCAGCAGCCCUGCGAGUAAAAACACCUUGUUAAUGAAAGAGGUCAGAGGAGAAUGGGCAGACUUGUUCAAGCAAACGUAACAGCCACAGAUGCUCAAAUUACAGCUGUUCACAAGAGUAGUGUGCAGAAGGGCAACUCUGAGUGCACAGCGGGUCAACGUGCAGCCUGAAGCGGAUGGGCUAAAGCAGCAGAGCCUGAAGGAUGGGCUAAAGCAGCAGAGCCUGAAGCGGAUGGGGUAAAGCAGCAGAGCCUGAAGCGGAUGGGGUAAAGCAGCAGAUAGCCUGAAGCGGAUGGGCUAAAGCAGCAGAGCCUGAAGCGGAUGGGCUAAAGCAGCAGAGCCUGAAGCGGAUGGGCUAAAGCAGCAGAGCCUGAAGCGGAUGGGCUAAAGCAGCAGAUAGCCUGAAGCGGAUGGGGUAAAGCAGCAGAUAGCCUGAAGCGGAUGGGCUAAAGCAGCAGAGCCUGAAGCGGACGGGCUAAAGCAGCAGAUAGCCUGAAGCGGACGGGCUAAAGCAGCAGAUAGCCUGAAGCGGACGGGCUAAAGCAGCAGAGCCUGAAGCGGAUGGGGUAAAGCAGCAGACCACACCGGGUUCCACUCCUGUCAGCUAAGAACGGGAAGAUGAGGCCACAGUGGGCACGUAAUCACCUAAACUAGAUGAUUUAAGACUGGAAAAACAUUGCCUGGUCUGACAUGCUCUGACUGGAUGAAUGCAUCCUGCCUUGUGGUCUAAUUGUGUGGGGAAAAGUUCUCUUGGCACAAAUUAGUACCUUAAUACCAACUGAGCAUCAUCUGAAUGCCACACCAUAGCUGAGCAUUGUUUCUGACCACAUCUCUUUAUGGCCAGUUGAUCCUUUUUUUAAAUGGAUACUUCCAGCAGGAUCAUGUACCAUGUCACAAAGCACGCAUCACCUCUAACUGGUUCCACGGACAUUGCCCAGAUCUCAAUCUAACGGAGAACGUUCGGGAUGAGGUGGAACAGGAGGUAUGCAGCACGUUUCCUUAAUCCAUGCCAUGACGAAUUCUGGGGGUCCUACCCAGAACUUGAUAGGGAGACCUAAUAAAGUGGCCACUGAGUAUCCUUGCCCUGCCACGAAGACUUCCCACUCCAGUGCUAAACAUGAUGGCAUGAGCUCCAUUUAAAAAAGGACAAUUCCAGAAUGUUCCAGGAGGCUUGGUGUGCUACAGCUGGAUGCAUGCUCCUGGGAAUGGUGAAGAAUUGUAAAAGUGCCUGAAACAGGCCAUGCUUUAAUGUCUGUUUACUGUCCAUGCUCACGGGGCAGCCAUAUUGGAUGGAAUGUCAGCCCGUGUGGGAAUCCUUCACAGACUGCCAGCUUCCUGUAACUGCCAUGUCCAAAGCAGGAAAACAUUACUCCUGCCAUAAACUAGUGAUAAUGAGGAUGCCAUUUUUUCAGAAGUAGCACAGCAUGUUGUAAGUAGGCAACCAUGGCAUUCUCUUACAGAUGGUUGUCGGCUCACAAAAACCUGCUAUUUUUUGUGCUACUGAGUGGCUAACAUACUGGGAUUUGGUCCCUUAUCUGAGCAGGGACACACCAGAGACAGGCGUAAUGGGCUGGUUGCCCAAGGAGAGAGGUUCAGUUGGCACAAUUACUCCAGUGCCAGAGCAGCAGUGACCUCCUGUGGUCAAUCAGGGACCUGCAGUCUGCCUACACCAACAGCGCAUGAAGCGUCCUCCUCUGAUGCAAUGACUGAGCAGCACAGGUGGUGGACUGCAGAGGGAAAAGAACCAACAGCAACCACUUUGGAGACCCUGUGCUUUCCUGGGAUCUCCCAAACCCAUGGAGAAUCAGCCUCUCAAUUUCACUCUAAAUGACUGCCUCUCUUGGGACUACACUUUGCCCUUCUUGGGAAGUACUGCACUUCGAUCCCCCAUUCUCACACUUGGAUUUGCAUUGCAAGUCACUGUGGAUUGGAGCAUCUGCCAAAUGUCAGUAAAUUCAAAGAAAAUAUAAAACCAGUGAUAAGUGGUUACACAAAACACGGGUCAAUUUCCAGUUUAAAUGGAAACUAAUGAACUUGUUAAUUAUAAAGUGUUUGUGGGAUACAUUCCUAAAAGUACAUUUCAGGAGCAAACCAGCUCCCACACAUUUUCUCUAGAUGGGAACACACUCAGCCAUAUAAAAACCUUUUUUUUCUUUUUACGGCCAAACCUUCACUGCUACUGUAUCCCUUUCUGUUGAACAGGCUUUUCUUCUAGAAUGUUCUGGAUCCUCCUGGUAAAUAACUGCGAGGUGGAACUCCCUGAACAUUCACUCUGCAGCCAUUUACUUCCAACAGGCUCCAUCUUAACACAUCCUCCCUCCUUCAAUCCAAUAUGGCCACCAGUGUGAAUGCUGUUCCUCAGUGCCUUAGACAUUUCUGUCCUCUGUGACUGCUGUUAGCCAAAAGGCUGUGUUUAUGCCGCGACAUCAGAAUGAGUAUAUCAUUGGCAUUAGCUGUUAUUUAUGUUAAACUGCCACAGUAUCCAGUGUUGUACUGCCAGCCAAUACACCAGUGUUACUAUAAGCUCCAUUUCCAAUGAUGCUUUUACGCACUGUAGGCAAACAAGCUUAGUGAAUAGUAAUCUUCACUUUUUAUUAAAAAAAUUAACACAAAGCAAAACAGCACGGGGACCAAUUUUGUAGCCUCACUAAUAUAAAAAAAAACUGACAUAUGUAAAGCGUAUUUCAUACUGUGCAAAUUUUUAUUUUUUUUAAAUAAAUUAUUUCAAAACAAAA